GCUGAACGUGGGGCCAAAUUAACCAUUAAAACUGUUAAAUGUAUCUAAUUUAUCCUGUAUAAUUUAUAGUCACCUGUUUGGUUUAGCGUCUGAAAUAGUUUGCAUUCCUUCUUGUGUCUCUAUACGCUCACUUCAACGCAAUUUAGUUUAUUUUACAGUACAGCUGGUCUGAUAAACUCACGCUUGUACGUCUCUGACAGGAGCCAUGAAUUACGCUCGGUUUCUGACAGCUGUCAGUGCGGCCAGGAAGCCGUCCCCCAUCAGGAUGCUGACCGAGCUGCAGCAGCGGUCGCCUCCCUCCCUGAUCUCUUUGGCCGGAGGAGCGCCCAACCCCAACACCUUCCCCUUCCAGUCGGCGACCAUCCAGGUGAAGAACGGACAGACGAUCACCUUUGACGAGGUGGCGAUGAACAGGGCUCUGCAGUACUCUGCCUCCAGCGGAAUACCCGAGCUGCUGACGUGGAUGAAGAACCUGCAGAAGAACCUCCACAACCCGCCGACUGCCAGCUACGCCCCAGAGAAAGGCCAGAUGGACAUGUGUGUGACCACUGGGAGCCAGGAGGGGCUCUGUAAGGUGUUUGAGAUGCUGGUGAACCCCGGAGACAACGUUCUGCUGGAUGCGCCCACGUAUUCGGGCACGCUCGCCACGCUUGAGCCGCUCGGUUGCAACCUCAUCAACGUUUCCAGCGACCAUCACGGCAUGAUACCCGCAGCCCUCAGAGAGGUUCUGUCUCAGUGGGACCCCUCAGAGGUCCACAAGCCCGGCAGCACCGCCCCAAAGAUCCUCUACACCAUCCCCAAUGGAGGAAACCCUACCGGUGCCUCCAUGACGACGCAGAGGAAACAAGAAGUGUAUGAGCUGGCCAGGCAGUAUGACAUGCUCAUCAUCGAGGACGACCCCUACUACUUCCUGCAGUUUGACAAGCCGUGGGCUCCCACGUUUCUCUCCAUGGAUGUCGACGGGAGGAUCAUCAGGACAGACUCCUUCUCAAAGAUCCUGUCUUCAGGACUGAGGAUCGGUUUUGUCACUGGCCCCAAACCGCUUGUAGACCGCGUGGUGCUUCACAUCCAGGCCUCGACGAUGCACACCAGUACCUUCACACAGCUCAUGGUGUCUCAGUUGUUGCACAGCUGGGGCCAAGAGGGUUUCCUCCAACACAUAGACCGGGUGAUCGAGUUUUACAGCAAACAACGCAACGCCAUGAUCCGCUCUGCCGACAAGUGGCUCAAAGAUGUAGCAGAGUGGCACGCCCCAUCUGCAGGCAUGUUCCUGUGGAUCAAACUAAAGGGCAUCUCCGAUACGCAGCAGCUCAUUAUGAAAAAAGCCUUGGAGAAAGAGGUGCUGCUGGUUCCCGGAGGAGUAUUCAUGAUCAACAGCAGUGAGCCCUGUCCCUACGUCAGAGCGGCCUUUUCUCUGGCCACACCAGAGCAGAUUGAUGAGGCCUUCAGAAGACUUGCUUCUCUCAUCAAAGAGGCUUUGUGAUCAAAGAUUUAGUCGUCCUGGAAGAUACUGGAAUUUAUUGAACUUACUUGAAGAUUUAUAUGUCCAAAUGUAUUAUCGUGUAGCUGCAAACUCGCUGCCUUUUAGCAACAAUCAGGGUAGUUAGUGUCAACCAGGUCAUUCACAUGAAUCAGGAGAUCCAAAGUGUUUUUACCUUCGCAAAUGGGUCGUACUUGAGGUAAGUUCUUAAUUAUGAAUGUUUGGAGGCAACAGAGCGACACAUUAUUUACAUGUGAGGUACUUGUACUUGAGUAGUUCCAUCUUCUGCUGCUGUAGACUUCUACUCCACUACAUUAACAACAUUAGUUACUAGUAACUUUGCAGAUAUAGAUCAAAAAUAUGAAAUGUAAUGAAUAAAUAAGUCCUGAUGUUGUUAUCUUAACACUAAGGCGUUCUUUACACCCGGGGUAGAUCUCACAAGGAUAUAAAUUAAAAUAUCAAAUGUACGGAAAUUUAUUAUAAUUUCCACCACAUUUACCAACAAGGGAUAAACACAUUAAAGAUCCUUUACUGUCGAAAGGGAGACUUUGACUAUAAACUAAGUCUAAGCCUUUGAAUGUGCUGUCAGGACUUCUGUAAGAUUGUGAUGUCAUAACUAAACAGUCGCCGUCCUCAGCUUUAAACACCGGUGGGCGGUUCCUGCACAGGCCUGUGAGGGCCACCCAGUUAGAGCAGACUGGGCUUAAGGGUAGCUUAAUGAGACAGGCACUAAAACAGAGCAUUCAGAGGGUGAAUAGAGGUGCUGCAGCGAUGAAUAGUGUGAAAAUAGUGUGUUUUUGAACAUUACGACUUGCAAAAAUGUUCUUGCAGAUGAGCAGAAUACAGGACCUCUAAUGCAUCAAUAAAUAGAAUCCAAUCUGAAAUGGACUUUUACUCUUGGUACCAAGGUAUUUUUUGACACUAAUACUGUUCGAUGAAGGACAUUGACUUGCAACAGACUGUUUCUACGUUGAGCUGUUAUGACUUGCAAACGUGCAUGUGAAACAUUUGUUCAAGAAGGGAUACAUGAUGAUGCAUGAUGUGUGUUCUCUUGUAGAAUGUUAUUGACUUGUUGUGGCCCAACUUACAGAUUUUAGUUUUGUUAAUAUUUUCAAAUGUGUGAAACAUCUGACUAUAUUUGUACAAUAGUCAAGAGGAGACAAUUAGAUUUUUAUUAUAUGUUCAUUAUUGAAAGCUAGUUAAAGAAAUGAAGAAAAUUGAUUGUUACUCUAAACUUGCACCACACAGUGAAGCUGUCUUUAUAGAAUAAAGUUUUUAUCAUUCAGUA